CCACCGUGCUGCUUUUGUUUUGCCGACCCGGAGCUACUCGGCCUGUGUUAGCAGCAGCACUGCGGCUGGCGAUAGCCUGCGUUUCACUUAUUCAAAAAGUGAAAAGAACGCAGCUUAAAGAUAUUGAGCUCCACUAAGACAUUUUUUGAAACCUGUCAUCCAGGACUGAGAAGGGGAAACAUAAGCCUAUUUAUUACACAAUGACCAGCUCCUCUACUCCCAGAAUGCAUACAUACAAAAGGACCUCUAGUCCUCGAUCUCCGACUAACACCGGGGAGCUCUAUACCCCAGCACAUGAAGAAAAUGUGCGCUUUAUUCAUGACACAUGGCUGUGUGUCCUAAGAGAUAUUAAAUCACCGCAGAACAGUGAACGAGGACCUCAAGAAUAUGUGGAGAAAAACCCAAACCCAAACUUGCUUUCCUUCACCCCAGUAGACCUGAGUGAACUUAGGAGGCCAAGCACACAGGACUGCAAGAAGUCUUAGAAGUGAAUUUCCACUCCUCUUGGUUCAGCAGCUUUUUUUUUCUCCCCACUCAUUCUCUCUGGGACCUUUUUUUUUUUUUUUUUUUUUAAAUGCCAGCAGCCUUUCGUCAGCCACAUUAGUCCAGAAAGCCUCUUCCUUCUCUGCCUCAUUGAACUCUGGUCUGGACAAACUGGCUGAUGUAUGUUCAUGACCCGUUGUAUCCCUGAUUUUCAUGUCUAAUCUGUACACCUCUUAUUAACAGAUUUCAAAUUUCAGGGAAUUUGUUGUCACUUCGUUUUUUCAUUUUGUAUCCUGGAUUCUUUUUUUGUAUUCAUUGUUUAUUAUAAAGAUUAUACCUGACAGAAGGAGAAGUCGAAAUGCAGUGACUGAGGGAAGGGCUCACGCUCUGAAAAUCAUGACGGACUGUGUCCUUAAACAUAGGCUCAACUUUCAAAACAUGGCACUUUCAAGGAAAGUGUCGAAAGGCUUUUUUUUUUUUUUAGUUAGUUUGAUAGAUAAAAUAUUGGAAUAGUAAAAGUAGGCCAAAUAUUUUUAACUGAGAUACCACAUUCUACUUCUUUUUUUAAGAAAAAAAAUAUUUUCAAAUGAGUGUAAUUACAUUUUCUGUGUCUUUUAAGCCUUGAAAUUAAAAUAAAAUUGUGUUUUAUGGUAUCUCAA